AAGGGAUGAUCAUAACCAUAUGGAGAGGGUGUUUGCUCAGAGGGAAAGACUGAGCAAGAGCUUGAAGGAAGAGAGGGUGACAAAGGAAAAAAAUGAAUCUGAAGGUUUUUAUCAACAGAAGACGUGCAGUCAAAGGAUAAAAUAUUCUAAAGCGACGGGAAGCUGAGGAUUAAGAAUGUAAGAGGACUUUUCUGGACAAAGAAGUUUUUUCCUUUUGAAACAAUAUUAGUCAGGAAGGGGUACAUGAAGAAGAAAACAGAGAGGAGGGCGAAGAAGGAAGUAGUUUUUACGCAAUGGAGGUGUAGCUGAGCCCCUCACAAGAAUGCUCCUGGCUUCCCCUGCCAUCUGGAAUGUCAAGUCACUUCCUCUGUCUGUCCUACCCUAUAACAGGAUUUUCCUCUGUGUCUGUGCUCCCUCCCCUGCUCUGACAGCAGUCUGAAGAAGACCACACCAGUUUGCAUUGGACUCUUCUGACUGCAACUCAAAAACAUUAGGUUUGAAAGUAAGACUCCUGCAGGAGCCCACAUCCUUUGAUGCUCACUCUUAAUGGAAUAAGGAUUUGAAAAAAAAAGCAAAGACGGCUGCAGUCAUCAGCUGAACUUAUAGGGAGGGUGUUCCUUUUCCCUUAUAUGGCAGCAGAGCAGGGAAGUUAUUUGAAUUAGUCUGGUUUCUGUUGCACGUCUGUCUGGUUUUAAUGCUGACUGAUUUCCAUCUGCUAUGCCUGUGCAUAUGUGAGUGUGUGUGUGGUAAGCAUGUGUUCACUUCAGAUUGUUUGUUUUCCUAUUUUUGGUUCAUCUUUUCCUGUUGUUUGAAUAUAGAGGUUUUGUUUUGGGAUAAGAAGGAGGGCUUGUGUUUGUGGUUUAGCCUGAGGAAGAGUCGUCGCCUUAGGACUGGCUGCUUCAUUCAGACUCUGCUGUUUUUUUCUCUACCACUUUCUCCUCUCGCGCUUGCUCAGCUGUGAUGGUCUGUGUUUGUUGGAUCAACACGCACACUUUCACAGGGUGGAGACGCUAACAACAUUAAAUCAGAAACUGGGGCUUUAUUGAGAAAGAUAUGACCAGAAUGGAGGAUUUUGCUGAGAAGUAGAGGGCGUGUUGGAGUGGAAUAACCUGGUGGCAUUUCUUUUCACAUCUGCUUGCUUUAAAGCAAUGUGAUGGGUUACCCUGGCGCAACGAGGAAGGACCCAGGAAGUGCCACAAUCAUGGGAAGGCUUUAAAUACUCAAGCAGACCACAGUGGUUUUCUGAUGCCACUGACUUGCAAGAGAGACCUCCGGAGCUAUGAAAUGACUGCAAGCCUAAGACUUUAAACCUGUGCUGGACAUGGACCCUCUGCAGAGUUAAUAACCUCAUGUGGAUUAUUCUCGUGAGCGUUGUCCUCCUCAUUGACUACCAUGGCUUCGGCAUCAUGGUACCAUUGUGACAUCAGCCGUGUGAGAGCAGAGGACUUGCUGGCACGGGCAGGAAGGGAUGGCAGCUACCUGGUGAGAGACAGUGAGUCAGUGCCAGGAGCAUAUGCAUUGUGCCUGCUGUUUCAACGCCAUGUUCACACAUACCGUAUUCUUCCUGACCCAGAUGGUCUUCUGGCAGUUCAGACAACACAGGGUGUGCAGGUGAACUGUUUUCGCACACUGGAGGACUUGGUGUUGGGAUACCAGCAACCCCACAAAGGCCUGGUCACCCCUCUUCUCUACCCUGUGUCCCAUGACACAGACUCAGGGGAUGAAAGCUCAGACGAUGAGAAGCCAGCGCCUAUCCCAGCUCCUGUCAACACAGUGUCAUUCAUGGGAUCGCCACCAAAAGCAGCCCCUCAUACCUUAUUCCUGGAGAAGCUGCAAGAGCUGAACACAUCAAAUAUUGCAGGUGAAGUGAUUGGCCUGCUCAAUGACUACCUCUUCAGUGAGCUGCCUCUGGACAUUGAGAAUGUGCAUAAAGGGGCUACGACUUUAUAUCGCCUCAAGCGCACUUUGGCUACAGCCUGCCAAGGCCUCAACAGUGAGAUAGAUCUGACACUUUCCAGUCUGGAAACCUUGGCCAAAGUCUUUGACCAUCCCAGCUGCUCUAUAAAUCCUGUCAAGGCACAGGGUCCAGAGAAGGAGAUUGAAAGCUUGUUGUGCAAAAUCUCAGCUCUGAUCAGCCUCCUUUCUUCGUUGGAGAAAAAGGUUUUACAAGCAUUACAAGAUGCUGUGACAAAUCACAACCUGGCAAUGCAGCCCAGCCCACCACCUCCUGAUUCAGCACCCAACACUGCAGCUCCUGCAAAGAGCAACACCAGACAGCUGCCUGUCCACUCCUUUCAGGUGAAGAUGGUGAGGUACGGUAGACAAACUGUUUCUGUGGAUGUUGACACAGGAAUCCUGUUAUUUGACAAGAAGGUGGGCUCAUUUGGCAUCGAGAGAGUCUCUCAUAACAGAAUUCUUCAGAUUGUCAAGUUCCAAAACUACCCAGCCAAGAUCCGUAUGGUUGUUGACAGCUACCUCAGCACACCGCGGGAGAUGACAUUUGAGAGCGCUCGGAAAUGUGACUCGUUCUGCCAACUCUUCCUGCUGAUGAAGUCCAGGCACUCUCAGCUGGAGCAACCUGAUGUGGUCUCUGUGUUUGUUGGCACCUGGAAUAUGGGUGGUUCUCCUCCUCCUCGAAGCCUGCAGUCAUGGGUGACCUGCUGUGGUUUGGGACACACCCCUGAUGAGUCCACCGCUUUUAUUCCACAUGACAUCUAUGCUUUAGGGACUCAGGAAAACCCUCAGGGGGAGAAAGAGUGGACAGAGCAUAUCAAAGCAACUCUACGCAGCUACACUCAAAUCGACUUCAAACUAGUGGCAGUGCAGUCCCUCUGCAAUAUGAGGUUGGCGGUCUUUGUAAAGCCUGAGCAUGAGAGUCGCAUUACUCAUGUGAGCACAGCCAGUGUGAAAACCGGUCUUGGAAACACUCUAGGAAACAAGGGAGGAGUGGGAGUCUCCUUCUUCUUUAAUGGAACAUCUUUUGGGUUUGUUAACUCCCACCUCACCUCUGGAAGUGACAAAGUUCUAAGGAGGAAUCAGAACUUUGUGGACAUCCUCAGACUGCUCUCCCUGGGUGAUAAACAGCUCUCUGCCUUUGAUAUAAGCCUGAGGUUCACCCAUCUCUUCUGGUGUGGAGAUCUCAACUACAGACUUGAUCUAGAUGUACAGGACAUCCUGAAACAUGUUUCCAAAAGAGAAUUUGAAGAACUCAUGUUUGCAGACCAGCUGACUCGAGAAAGACAAAAAAGGAAGGCCUUUUUCAAUUUCAAGGAGGAGAAGAUUGCAUUUCCACCCACCUAUCGUUAUGAACGAGGCUCCAGAGACUGCUACCUUUGGCAGAAGUACAAGACAUCAGGAGUGAGAGUUAAUGUUCCAUCAUGGUGUGACCGGAUUCUGUGGAAGUCCUACCCAGAAACGCACAUCAUCUGCACAGCAUAUGGUUGCACUGAUGACAUAUUUACAAGUGAUCAUUCGCCUGUUUUUGCUACUUUCCAAGUGGGAGUGACAUCUCAGUGCUGCAACAAAUCAGAUGUGAAUUCCAGUGUGGAAAGGACCUGGAUUGAGCUGGAGGAAAUUGACACCAUAGUGAAGACGGCAAGCAAGGCAAAGUUCUUCAUCGAGUUUCACUCCUCCUGCCUUGAAGAGACGCAACGCUCCAGUGAAAAUAAUUUGCAAAGCUGUAACAUUCCGGGGUUUCUCAAACUGGGCUGGACCAGCAAACAGCUUCCGAAGCUCAUUCCAGUCUUAUCUGAUCUGGAGUACCUCCAGGAUCAGCACUUGCUGUUAUCUGUGAAGUCAUGCGAUGGAUUUGAAUCAUACGGCGAAUGCUGUGUGGCUCUACAGACAGUGAUGGGUGCAUCACAGAAAUUUGAGACUUUUUUGUGUCAUCGGGGCGAGGAGAUGGGCUCCAUCCGAGGACGGGUCAGAGUUCAUGUGCCCAAGGACAGGCGAGCAAUCCGAAAGAAGAUUUAUGACUUGCUCUGUCUUGAGAAAAUUGAUAAAGGUCCUGGAAGGGGAAAUGUGUCCCUUGCAGUAACACGGAUCCCAGUAACUAGGCCAUUGGAAGUUCCUGUUAAAACUGCAGCAAACAGCUACACCAACCCCGCCUACUACAUUUUUGAAGGCGUAUCAGUAACACAACGAGUGGAGGAGCCUCCUCCCCAGCAAAGGGACCCUCAGAUGAUUUGGUCUGGAAAUGAGGCCCUGCAGCUUCCAAAAGUCUCAGGGCGACAAGGCUUUGACAGGACACCUUGUCGCAGAUCAGACUUUACAGAGAUUGAAAUUCCAGCCAACCUUACCCAGUGCAAUCUAACAAAAGACCUCCACCCGUCCCAAAGCAUUUCAUCCUAUCAGCUCUUCCCAGCCCAAAGCCCAUCAAUGCCCCCUCCUUCAAAAGAUCCCAUUCCUCAGUUCCAGCAACAAACUUCUCAAAGCAGAGAAAAAUACCAGGAUCAACAAAAUGUUGAGGAGGACUCCAUGCAGUCUAAAAGCAACGUGUAUAUCAAUCGCACAGACAUUCUAAAGAAAAAUGACAGGAGCGAAAAACACAGUUUUGUUCCAGUGAGAACGAAUGCUAUCAAUGCAAAGUCCCCAUCACUCCUGCCAUAUAUCCCUGCUCCCUUGGACCAUAGGCAGCACACUGUUUCCUGGAUCAUUGAUAAGCCGCCCUCAGCAGGGGACAACUCCCUCACUGCUUUGCAAAUUGCCAAGUCCCUCAGUGAGGUUGACUUCUUUCCUUCAGAGGAGAGAGUCCCAGUCAGGCAGAGGGUGAUUUAUGGAAACAGUCCCUCCGUGCAUGGAAACAGAGGCUGCUUCUGGGAUAAAGAGGUGUCUGUCCUAAAAGGAGCUCCAGAAACUGUGCAGGAGCUUCUUAGUACCCUAGGUCUUCAAAAGUACACCUUGGGACUUAGCCUUAAUGGCUGGGAUGAUCUGGAUUAUUUCAGCGGGAUUACUGAGGAGGAUCUGUGUGCAGCAGGUGUAACAAACCCCUCACACCGGCGAAGGAUCAUGGAAAACCUUCCCAGGAACUGGAACUGACAGAGAGAAAGUGGUUCAAAGCCAUCAUCCGUUCUGCUCUUAACUUGAACUGUAAUAAGUCUGCUCUGAUCUUAAUAAGCAUCAUGUUUGAUGGACCCUGUCCUCUUGUUAUGCACUUAGUUAAAACUGUAACACAUGGUUGUCAGUGCCAAAACAGAAAAAGAAGCAUAAUGCAUGAAGUACCUGUUGCACACAAUAAAACAUUAAUUUGCAGCGUAGAUAACAAGUUGAAGAAGUUGUAAUUAUAUUAAAGCCUCUAGGAAAUAGUAUAACCCAUUUUCCUGUUUUUCACGGUUCUUUCUAAGCCAGUGUUUGCUAUCAGUUUUCCAUUAUGUCAUUAUGUUUUUUUUUUUUUUUGCUACCAAUGAGCCACAAUAGGUCAUUAGAAUAAAUCAAGAGAGCAUAGUUCCAUUAAUAUAGCUACCAGAAGACUGCCUGGAAACCUCUAGAAAAACCAUUCCAUCUCUUUAUAAUUUUGCUAUCAUGUCGCCUGAUCAGUAGCUGCGUCUACUGCGCAUGUUUAUAUAGCUCAUAAAGCAAUACUUGACUGUCACCGAG